AUGCACAUCACUUCCAGACAUUUGUUCUUUGGUCUCUCGCUCAGCGUUCUUCUGCAAGGUUGCUGGUCAAUCACUGCCGUUGAUGUUUACAAGCGACUACUAGAAAAGGAAAGAAACAUUGACAAUACUUUUGCCUUUAAUCUGAUUCGACCCAUCGGCUCCGUUGGAGGUGAAUUGAUUUGGCCGCGAAGCUACGACUCUUCCAAUGAGCUGACUUUCGACGAGAAUGGGGCCGCGUAUCCCAUACACGAACGCCCUUCACUGUCCAAAAUAUUACGACGAUCCAGGAUCUCGUCCUUGAAUGGCAACACUGCCUACAAGGAUAGUUAUAAUUACUACAGCAACUUCAACAACUUCAGUUGA